UCGUGACUUUAUAAAAAAUAUAUUAAUCAAAUCACCCGUUUCGGUCGUUGUUGCCCACUAUUUAAUGAUUGUGGUGUUUGCGACGACACGUCGACACGGGCCAGAAUUAUCUCAAGGCAUUGUGGUUAUCAGGUGUUAUUAUAUAGCGUGGUGGCACCGGCACAAGUAGUUUCUUCUGCACUCCAUACAGCGAAGUUUUACGGAGCACACGAUGGAAGACCAGCCAAAGUUGUUCACGCGUGAGGAGUUGAAGUCUCGUUGCACGCGCAAUGACGCCGUGCUUAUAAUUCACAACGAAGUAUACGACGUCACCAGCUUCCUCGCAGAGCACCCCGGAGGCGAAGAAGUGCUGCUAGAGAAAGGUGGCCAAGAUGCAACGGAGCCUUUCGAAGACGUCAGCCACAGCUCCGAUGCCAGAUCCCUGAUGAAGAAGUACAAGAUCGGCGAGUUGGUGGAGGCGGACCGAGUGCAGAGCAAGAACGCUUUCGCGCCGCAGUGGAGCAACGACCAGCCGCAGGAGCAGGGCAACACGUGGACGUCGUGGCUGACGCCGCUGCUGCUGGGCGUGGCCGCCACCAUCCUGUACCGGUACCUGUUCGCGUAGUGCGCCGCCGCUUCGCCACGCACGCGCCGCAACCUCCACCGUCGCACUUCAACUCGACUACAUCUACAUGGGUAAAUACUGUGUCCAUUCACCAUCGUGGCUCAAGCUCUUUAUACAGCUCUAUAGCAAGGCGAGUAAGUUUUAUAAAUAAGCACCCAAAGGUUCAGGGAGGUGAACAGUGGACCGCAGACUGAAUAGAUAGGUCAAUUACUGAGUGCGUGGCCUUUUAGCAGCCUUGUGCGCCGCAGUUGGCCUGGUGUUGCGUAUAUUAUGCCCAACUAAAAUUAUAUUAUUAGGCGUCAACGCAAUACUUGGUUCAACAUUCAACGGCUAGCUAUCGAUUACUGUGUUUAGAAAAAGGUGCCAGUAGCUAUAAAAAAUAUUUAAUGUGUGUGAGAGAUAAUAGUUCAUCCGCAACAUUGUAACUGCUUGUAAAAUAUUUUUAGGCUUUUGAAUCGCUACUUUGAACAAAAGCAAAUAUAUUUAUUAGAUGUAAAAACUUUAUCUUUGGCAGUCGUUACGGGUAAUCAGAAAUUUGACAAGCAGUCUUGCCUAGAAACUAACAGGAUUGGGUUGCCCGAGUAACUGGGUUAAGGAGGUCAGAUAGGCAGUCACUCCAUGUAAAAAAUUGGCACCCAGCUGCAUUCGGUUAGCCAGGAAGCCGACCCUAACACAGUUGGGAAAAGGCUAGGCAGAUGAUCAUGAUGAGAUAUACAAGCUUUGUGAAAAUAAAAGGAGAAUAUUUUUAGCUAACCAUUAGCUACAGUCAGGUUUGAAGAUGUUGACAAGCUUGCCGACUUGCUGCUAUUGGCUGCGAGGUCGCGAUAGCUACACAUUGUCGCUACGCAGUUACUGCUUAGUUAAGGUGAUAAGACUAUAUUAGAUGAGUAAGCGAAAGAUGUUUUCUUUUAUAUUUUUGUGUUUCGUGACAAUAUAAUAUUUCAGUACCUAAUGUUACUUUGCAACCAGUUCAAAGUUCAAACAUACAAAAGUAGGUAUUUAAUUGGGUAUGAUAAGAUUGUUCUUGCACAAUAGUGCACUGUUUUCUAUGUAAAAGUAAAUA